AUGACUUCGGCCCCAUCCCACAAGGUGGUGCACGAGGCCAACAACGUCUCGUUAAGAAACACCCCAGACGAGUUCUACCAAAGACAGCCCCGCCAGGGCCACAUUACCUCGAUCGACGAGUACCAGAAGUUGUACAAGCAGUCGAUCGACAACCCAGACGAGUUUUUCGGCAAACAGGCCCGUGAAUUGUUGGCCUGGGAUAAGGACUUUGAUAAGGUUCUGGCUGGCGAUUUGCUCCACGGUGAUACCCACUGGUUUGUCGGUGGUCAGUUGAACGCUUCCUACAACUGCGUGGACAGAUGGGCCUACGCUCACCCAGACAAAACCGCCUUGAUCUGUGAGGCCGACGAUGAGAGCGAUUCUCGUACUUUAACGUAUGCCCAGCUUUUGAGAGAGGUGUGUCAGACUGCUGGUAUUUUGGCAUCCUGGGGCAUCAAGAAGGGCGACAAUGUGGCCAUUUACUUGCCCAUGAACGCCCAGGCCGUCAUUGCCAUGUUGGCUGUGGCCCGUUUGGGUGCUGUCCACUCGGUGAUUUUCGCUGGUUUCUCCUCUGGUUCCAUCAAGGACAGAGUCAACGACGCCAACUGUAAGGCUUUGAUCACUUGUGACGAGGGUAAGAGAGGUGGCAGAACCAUCAACAUCAAGAAGUUGUGUGACGAGGCCUUGCUUCAAUGUCCUUCUGUUGAGAAGGUCUUGGUCCACAGCCGUACCGGUAACCCAGAAGUCGCUUUCGACGAGUCCAGAGACUUCUGGUGGCACGAGGAGGCUGCCAAGUUCCCUGGCUACUUGCCUCCCGUGUCUGUUGACGCCGAGGACCCAUUGUUCUUGUUGUACACUUCCGGAUCUACCGGAACUCCAAAGGGUGUGGUCCACACCACCGGUGGCUACCUUUUGGGUGCUGCCAUGACCACCAAGUACAUUUUUGACGUCCACCCUGAGGAUGUCCUCUUCACUGCUGGUGAUGUCGGUUGGAUUACCGGUCACACUUACGCCCUCUACGGUCCUUUGUCGUUGGGUAUCCCCACCAUCGUUUUCGAAGGCACCCCAGCCUACCCAGACUACGGCCGUUUGUGGCAGAUUGUCGAGAAGCACAAGGCCACCCACUUCUACGUGGCUCCUACUGCCUUGCGUCUCUUGAGAAAGGCUGGCGAGGCCGAGAUUGGCAAGUACGACUUGACCUCGUUGAGAACCUUGGGUUCUGUCGGCGAGCCUAUUUCUCCUGACAUCUGGGAAUGGUACAACGAGAAGGUGGGCAAGAACCAGUGUCACCUCUCCGAUACCUACUGGCAGACAGAGUCUGGUUCCCACCUUAUUGCUCCAGUUGCCGGUGUCACUCCUAACAAGCCAGGUUCUGCUUCUUUGCCUUUCUUCGGUAUUGACGCUUGCCUUAUCGACCCGGUGUCUGGCCAGGAGAUCCACGGCAACGAUGUCGAAGGUGUGUUGGCUGUCAAGAGCCCAUGGCCCUCCAUGGCCCGUUCCGUGUACAAGAACCACGCCAAGUACAUGGACACCUACUUGAAGCCUUACCCAGGCUACUACUUCACAGGUGACGGUGCUGCUCGUGACCACGAUGGCUACUACUGGAUUAGAGGCAGAGUCGACGAUGUUGUUAACGUUUCUGGCCACAGAUUGUCCACUGCUGAGAUCGAGGCUGCUUUGAUCGAGCACAUUGGUGUUUCUGAGGCUGCUGUUGUUGGUAUCAACGACGACUUGACUGGCCAGGCCGUGGUGGCUUACGUUGCCUUGAAGGACGAAUACCUCACCACCAUCAACGGUAACGAGACCUCGGAGGAGGCCUUCAACCUUAGAAGAGAGUUGAUCUUGACGUCCGUCAUUAUUGUCCAGGACUUGCCAAAGACUAGAUCGGGCAAGAUCAUGAGAAGAAUCUUGAGAAAGAUCUCGCUGAACGAGGCCGACCAGUUGGGUGACAUCACCACCUUGGCUAACCCUGGUUCGGUCGCGGGCAUCAUUGACUCUUUUGCUGCCCAGUUCACCACUAAGAAAUAA